AUGCUCUCAUUGAUUCGACGCGCGCCAGCAACAGUCAGGACGACCUCCAGAUCUCUGAGGGUAUCGGUGAAGCAGGAGUGUACGGGAGUCAGAGCUUUUAGUGACGAUGCGAAAGCAAUCAAGUACCAGAAGUCACUAGCAGAAGCUAAGGCUAAAUUACUCGAUGCUGGGUUUGACCCAACUUCUUUCCGGGAGCAGCACAUUGUUUGGGGAGACCAGGAUCCAUUCCAGCAUGUUAACAACGUUCGCUAUGCCAGGUUUUUUGAGUCCGCACGAAUUCAAUGGAUGAUGUCACUGGGUGAAGAAUGGGGAGGACCCGAAAAAGCUCAGGACAUGAUCAAGGGCAAGGGCGUAUCGUUGAUUUUACAGGCCCUCGACAUUCACUUUCGACGACCAGUAACAUACCCUGACACUCUUCUAUUCGGCUACUGUCCACUUCCUCCCAAACCUGGAACGGAGGACUCGCCGCGGUUUCAAGUCGUUGCAACUGGAUACUCGAUCGAGCAGCAGGAUUUCGUUGUGCACUCGAAGGAGUCCUUGGUUUGGUAUGAUUAUGACAAUUUGAGAAAGUGCAGUCCUCCGAAGGAGGCGGUGGAUAUCGUGUUCCGUCGCGCGAACAAUAUCGAUCUCCGGGAGUUAACUCGCAAACAUUCAAAGCAUGCAUAG